AGAAGCCGUCGAGGCGAACGGCGAAAUGAAAUUUUUGGGUGAUUAGUUUGUGAUAUUUUUUUAUAAGUUUUGUGUUUGAUAGAAAAAAUUAGUGUGUUGGAUAAGUUAUUGUUAAUUGAUUAUUUAAUUUGAAGAAAGAAUUCAAAAAUGAAGUUAAUAGUUUUUCUCUUCCUGGCGACAGUUGCAUUAGCUGCAAAAUCCACCGAAAAUUGCGUAUGGUACGAAGAAUGUACGAACGUUGGUGGCAGGGGCAAAAAUUGCCCAUCAAAUCCUCCACAUGGGCCCAAACUUCUGGAAGAUGCCGAAGCCUUCAAAAUACUUCAGACGUACUGUCCGGAAUUUAUCAACGAUAAAGGUGAAGCUUAUACUUGCUGCAGUCCUCAACUGAUCAAAACUAUGGGAACAAACAUCGUUUUGGCUUCAGGAAUUUUCAGCAGAUGCAGAACCUGCAUGAACAAUCUGGUGAAAAGUAUUUGCCAGUUUUCCUGUUCCCCAGAUCAAGCCAAGUGGAUGACCGGCAAUAAAACUGUGAAUCCUGAUGACGGAAAAGAAUACUUUAAAGAAAUGUCCAUUCAAAUCUCCGAAACGUAUGUGAAUGGAACUUAUGAUUCCUGCAAAGGAGUCGUGGUACCUUCAAGUGGAAUGCUGGCCAUGGACCUUGCUUGUGGAAGUUACGGAGCCUCCAGGUGUUCUCCACAAAGGUAA